AUGCCAGCGCCCACCGCGGACCCGCGCUUCGUGCGGCCGAUGCCACCCGCGCCCGGGGCGGCAGCCGCCGGUGCCGGAUGCCCCGCGGCGGACGGGGCGGCCCCCGGGGCGGGCGGCGAGGAUGUGCGGGAGGUCCUCCGCGGGGGCGGCUUCGUCGCAAAGGUUGCGGACUUCAACACGGCGGUCGUCUGCGAGCCGCCCGACUGCCGCAUCUGGGACGCGGAGGGCACUCAGCAGUUCACCCCGCCGGAGAGUGCUUCGACCCGUGCAGGGACACGGCCGUGGGCAUCCUGGGCCAGCCGCGGGACGUGUGGUCCUCCGGCCGCGUGCUUCUGGGGAUGUUCCUUCCUCCCCCGGUUCCGCGACGAGGAGCCGAUCAGGCUGCAGCUGGCGCUCAUGCACUUCGCCAUGGAUGCGAACGCGGCCGUGGACGUCCCCAGCGGGGCCGUAUCGCAGCAUGCCGAGGACAUCAUUCGGCAGCUGCUGCACAAGGACCCCGCCCGGCGCCCGGCGGCGGCGGCGGCGCUGCAGCACCCCUGGGUCCAGUGAGCUCUCCGGCGGGAGGGGCCGCGCGGGCUGGGCGCUGCCGCGCCCCCCUUGCCGCCAGCUCGCCGCGGGCGGCGGGGGCGGAGUGCGCGGAGGAGGUCCGCAGGGGGGGCCGCUGCACACCACCGCCGGGCCCAGCCGGGGGCACCCCGGCCGCCGGACCCUGCUGGCCUCGGCGCCGGGAGGGCGUGCUCGCCAUGCCAGGGCGCAGGACGAUGAGCACUGG